UUUUGGCGCCCUCUCUCUCUCUCUCUCUCUCUCUCUCUCUCUCUCUCUCUCUAAACCCACGUUUUAUCUCUCACUUAACUGCCACCUCUCUCUCUCUUCUCUACAUUUGUGAAACUUCCCGAGAAGAAACGAGCCAUUUUUUCCGAUUUUUUUCCGUUUCGGGCAAAAUUAAUCAACCGAAUUUUCCGAUCGACAGCGAAAAAUUUCUCAAUUUGAUCCCAAAGUUUCGAUUUUUGAUCCAAUUUCAUCGGCAUUCCCGUAAAACGAAGGGGGGAGAGAGAGAGAGAGCGCACAAAAUUUGGGUUUUUAGGGUUCCAAGCGAAUGGAUUUGGAGUCGGGGUCGCGGUCGACGGAGCGGCGUUCGUGGAGCACAUAUAGGACCACUCUUCUAUUGGCCUACCAGAGCUUUGGUGUUGUGUAUGGUGACCUGAGCAUUUCGCCGGUCUAUGUAUACAAGAGUACCUUCUCGGGAAAGCUGCGCCUCCAUGAGGAGGACGCGGAGAUUUUGGGAGUUCUCUCCCUCGUCUUCUGGACUCUUACUAUGAUUCCUCUCUGCAAGUACAUCAUUUUUGUAUUGGGGGCAGAUGAUAAUGGUGAAGGUGGAACUUUUGCUUUGUAUUCUUUAAUGUGUCGAAACGCAAAGAUGGGCCUUCUAAAUGCUUCCCGCAACACUCAUGAGCAUUUGUUGCCAUCUCAGCCACAAGCAGCUUGUAAGGAUACAAGGACAAGCUUGUUGAUAAAGAGCUUUUUCGAGAAGCAUCGCUCUUCUCGUGUUAUAUUGCUGCUCUUUGUGCUAUUGGGUACUAGCAUGGUUAUCGGAGAUGGUGUCUUGACCCCAACAAUGUCAGUUCUUGCUGCGGUCUCUGGCCUCAGAAUCAAGUUUCCAGAACUGCAUGAAAAUUGCACCGUGCUUAUUGCUUGUAUUGUAUUAAUGGGUCUGUUCGCACUACAACACUAUGGAACACAUAGGGUUGGCUUUCUUUUCGCCCCAAUUCUGAUUGCAUGGCUCGGCUGCAUUAGUGGAAUUGGCAUUUACAAUAUCACCAAGUGGAAUCCCGGUGUUAUACGCGCUCUAUCUCCAUACUACAUUUAUAAUUUUUUCAGAAAGUCUGGAAAAGCCGGCUGGAGUUCUCUUGGAGGCGUAGUUCUCUGCGUUACAGGGGCCGAGGCAAUGUUUGCUGACCUUGGACACUUCUCCAAGCUUUCGAUAAGGAUAGGUUUUACAACAGUUGUUUAUCCUUGCUUAGUACUAGCAUACAUGGGUGAAGCUGCCUAUCUGUCUAAACACACGGAGGAUCUUCAAAGUAGCUUUUAUAAAGCUCUUCCAGAGAAUGUCUUUUGGCCGAUAUUAAUCAUCGCAACAUUAGCCACAGUGGUUGGGAGCCAAGCAAUUAUAUCGGCUACCUUCUCCAUAAUCAGUCAGUGUAGGGCUUUGGGGUGCUUUCCCCGCAUUAAGAUCAUACACACAUCAAGUCUGGUCCAUGGGCAGAUAUACAUACCGGAGGUGAAUUGGCUACUGAUGCUCCUUUGUCUAGCAGUCACAAUUGGAUUCAGGGACACUCAUAUGAUCGGAAACGCCUAUGGGCUUGCUGUGAUCAUUGUAAUGUUCGUGACUACAUGUCUAAUGUUCCUCAUCAUUACCACCGUUUGGAAUCGGUCUAUUGUAUGGGCAAUUCUCUUCAUCACCACCUUUGGUUCUUUGGAGCUUCUUUAUUUAUCGGCGUGCAUAGCCAAAGUCCACCAUGGGGGUUGGCUCCCUCUGAUAUUAUCUUUAAUCACCUUGCUUACUAUGUCAAUAUGGCACUAUGGCACCACAAGAAAGCAGGCUUUCGAGAUCGAGAACAAAGUCUGCCUUGAACGCUUCCUUAGCCUAACCCCUAAUCUUGGUCUAGUUCGUGUCCCGGGAAUUGGCCUUGUCUACACCAAGAUCACAACCGGGGUCCCUCCCAUGUUUGCACACUUUGUGACAAACUUCCCUGCUUUCCACCGAAUUCUCAUUUUCGUAUGCUUGCAAACGCUAAAUGUGCCAAAGAUUCCAAUAGAUGAAAGGUUCCUAGUCGGAAGGAUCGGCCCAAAAGAGUAUCGUUUGUUCCGGUGUAUAGUUCGGUAUGGUUACAAAGAUGGAGGGUGGGAUAGUUACGAUUUUGAAGACCAAUUGUUUAUGAAGAUCGCAGAGUUCCUCGAACAAGAAGAAGAUGAGUUAUGGGUUAACAGGGAGAUGGCGGUUAUCGGUAAGCUAUCCAACCAAGUAGUGAGUGCGGUCUCGCGGUCUAAAGAAGUUGAGGAGAGACAAAGGAAGGUAAAAUUUGAAAAGGUUUUAGUCAGAGAAAAAUCGAAGCCCGAGGUGAGGGAGCUGGUUGAAGAGAGGGAGGCCGGGGUGUCAUAUAUGAUGGGACACACUUGUGUGCUAGCUCAUGAAUCGUCAUCGUUCAUCAAGAAGUUUGCGAUCGAUGUUCUUUAUGGGUUUUUAAGGCGAAACUCGCGAAGGCCAGCUGUCGCGCUAGGGAUUCCGCACACCUCCCUGAUCGAGGUUGGCAUGGUUUAUCGCGUAUGAUGUUCUUCAAAGUCAGGUUCUUUCCGUGUGUGGAGUUUGAAGUUAAAGCACACACAAGGAGUUGGAGAAAUCAGUCACUACCUAACCUUUCUUCGCCUCUGAAAAUUGUCUGAUGCUGCCUAUGAAGAUCAUAAGUGAAUCUGUUCAGAGAUUGAUAGUAUUUGCUGCAGACGAUUUCACCUCUUGUUAGUAUAUAAGGGGGUUGAAGGGGAAGAGGAGCAAACGGAAAAAGAGGUGCCAUGCUAAUACGACCUGACAAAUAUAAGGAAGGUAUGAUGAUUUGAAGAACAUCUUGGUAUUUUCUAACAGAGAUCUGAAUUUCCUAGCUAGUAACAACUAUCUGAAUUUACAGAGAUUUGAAUAUCUCUCCAGAUUAGUUUGGUAGUUUAAGAAGUUUAUUUUCGUCUUCUAUUAUUAGUGUUUGAGUAGGAGAUCUGUUGUUCAAACUUGUUCAGAGAAUCUAUAUCUGUAUCAGAUAUAUAGGAAUCACAGAAACAAAACUUUUACUGAACUUCAUGCAUGUAUAGCUCAUAUCAUUUUCAUUAACUAAAAUUUAAUUGGGUAGCUA